UAGCGUGAAUCAGGUACGUCUCAUUACCUACUCAGGCCAGUGCUAUGAAGUCACUCGACUGACUCGCCAGCGUUCACUUAUGUUAAAAUCAAUCGCUAAAUUAACCAGUUCAGUGUCAACACUAAGACAUUCGGCGAAGAUGACCAGUAUACAUAGCGCGUAUAACGAGGAGGUGCAUCAAGUGCCAAUGUCCGUUAUCAUCAGGCCGUUUAAACCAGAACUGGAUGAGAAGAAAGUCGAGUCCCUCAUGGAAACUAUUCAGAAAGAAGAAGAAGCGGGUUACGUUCCUCCGAUAGACAUCCUCUGGAUCAAGGGGUCUGAAGGCGGGGAUUACUACUACAGCUUCGGCGGUUGCCAUCGUUACGCCGCGUACAAGCGCCUCAGCCGCCCCACCAUCCCGGCCAAGCUGAUCCGCUCCACAGUCACCGACCUUAGGACUUACCUUGGAAGCAGCACGCCGGACUUGAAGUGACUGAAUAGGAUUUGUUUGAGUUUGUGGAGUUGUUCUUGUAUCUUGUGAAGAUUUGGAGCCAAUGGUGUUGAUUCCAGGGGCCUGUUUAAUAAAACUUACAAUUGUAAAUUACAACGACAAUUUGGUGUUCAUUACGUAGCUAAUAUGAAAGUGCAAAAUAUUCGUGAUCACACACUCUGCAAUGUACAUCAAAUUGUCAUUGUAAUUUACAAUUGUAAGUUUUAUUAAACAGGCCCCAGUACACACAUUCUAAUUUUAAGUUAUAAGUAUAACUUACUUUUUCUUGUAUCCCACGAAGAGAUAUACGUAAAUUAAUUUGUUGCCUAACUGCCCACCCAUCACAGACUAUUAUUUUUAUGUGUGUUUUGGACUUUUGGCCCCAACUCCAGCGGAUACACCUCCUAAUUUUAAGUUAUAUCUGUCAUUUACUUGUCCGCCGGAAAGUAAGUACUUGUAAUUUUCUCAUCCGCCGAAAAAGAACGGGUAAUCGACAGGCAUAAAAAUGAUCGCAAGUCAAUUUUAGGCAGAAAAACAAACCUCAAAAUUUUACAUUGGCCAGUAACCCGAGAGACUUAGGUUGACAGCACACGUGAAACGGGUUACAUACCAGCGAGAUGCCAAUUUGAUUCGCCCGGGUUAUUCAUUUAUUUUAAAAUGAACAGCUAUAAAUCAUUUGUCCUUUUCCUUUCCGGCGGACAAGUAAAUGACAGGUAUAACUUAAAAUAAAAUUAGUUGUGUCCGCUGGAGUCGGGGCCAAAAGUCCAAAAUAUACAAAACAUAAUAGUCUACAAUGCCACAGCUGAGCAUAGACGUCUGUGAUGGGUGGGCAGUUAGGCAACAAAUUUAUUUAUGUCUCUUCGUGGGAUACAAGAAAUAACUGAUUACGAAUGAACGAACAAAGUGCUCAAUAAAAAGAAAUGGUAUGGUGUUUAGAUGUACGAGAGAGGUGCUGGUUCGGGCAACAACUUAAUUUUACAGGACUAAAACUAGUCUGUCUCUUUCUUGUACUUUUUGUAAGCCAAGGACGGCACUAGUUUAAGAGCUGUCAAACUGAAAUUAGCGUUAAGUUUGUGCCGGAACUGGCACCAAUGUUGCAUUUGUAACGGACUAAUAGUUUGAAACAAAGCGUGAACAUUUUGUAGGUACUUAACCAUAUAAAAGCGAAAUAUUUAUCAAACUUGUACAUAAUGUUGUUCAAUAUUUUUAAGAGGCCUUAACGUUAUUUUUGAUGUAUUUACAAGAUGACAAGACUGUUAUAAGAUGUUUUUAAGUAUAUAAAAAUGAAACAAGUUAAUCUCCAACGUGUAUUUAUUGCGGAGCCGAUCUUACCUAGCUACAGAACAAUGAGAUAUGCCAUUUCUGUAAAAUUUAUUUACAAACAUCAACAUAAAUAAUAUCAAAAUACACACACAUCUGCUUUGGGCGGUACACGUCGACUGGAAACAUUGCUAAACAUAAAAUUCACAGUAAGAAGGGAACCGGACCCAAAAAGUUUUGACAAAAGUCUGGUAUAAUUUCUAACAAAUCCCACGCACUGUGUGCACUUUGUAUAGGAAUAGUACAAGAAGUGCACGCGGAGACAAGUCAAAACUCCGGAUGAAUUAAAAAGCCGGACAAAAUCCAGACGGAAGGCUGAAAGUCCGGAGAUUUGAUUCUUAACUGAAUGUCAUUGUAAUAGCACUUCCGAUUUUGAGCGAAGAACCCCGUGUUAUUUUUU